UAGAAUCCACCCUUUGAUACACUGAUUCGAGGGCCGAAUGGCACAGUCACUUAUUUUGGAACGACAAUUAACAUCUUCACUUGGCUGGCGAAAAGAUUGAAAUUUACCAUCUCCUUUGUACCCAUCAAUGAAACUCUCAUCAACAAGUUGGGCAUGCACGAGGCUGCUUAUUACCUACUUAUGAACGACAAAAACAUCGAGGGAAUAGCGGUCGGUUUUUACCCCACUAUGGAUCGAGUAAAAAGAUUUGACUUUACGGCCUCCGCUUGGUCAGAAGGAUUUAGUUUUGUUGUGCCAAGACCUGAGGAAGAAAGCCGAUUAUUUGCCUUCAUAGGUCCAUUUCAACCGCUGGUUUGGAUGUCAAUUUUCAUCAGCCUUUUCUUCGUCAUCGCCACCAUGACCGUUUUUACGUGGAUCUACAAUUAUCGUUUUACAAAUACUACGAAUGGCCGGAAAAUGGAAUCAAACAUGAAAUCAGACCAUGAUGAGUCACAUUCAAAAAGCAUCUUCACUUUCAUAGGUUCCCACAUGAUUUAUGUAAUUAACACGAUGACGAAUCAAGGAGGUAGCGAAUUUAGUAGCCGCACUUCGUUUCGAGUCUUGGCCGGAGCCUGGGUGUUGUGCGCCAUGGUCUUGGUCAAUUCCUACACGGGAAUUGUCACUUCGUCCCUCACAACACCGAAGAUGAAACCCCCAAUCAACACCAUGGAAGACUUAGCAGCGAGCCAAGAGGUCAACAUAGUCCUCAGAAGCGACACAUCAACCGGAAUACAAAUUCUGCAAGCAACAUCCGGCAUUUUCAAAGUUCUGGGAGAUCAAGUCCGGAGUAAACCUGAUCGACUUUUUACCGAUCCGUUUAAAAUAGCCGCAAAAUUGGAAACUGGUCACUUCGCAUUUCCAUAUGUGCACACUUUCAGUGUCGCUUUUGUUGCUUCGCAAUAUAAAAAGGAUGGCAAGUGUCGUUUUAGACUCUCGAAAAUGUUACCCUUGUCGCACGGACAUUAUCCAUUUCUUUACAAAAAGGGCAGUCGGUACACUAAAACCAUUAGCAAAGGAGUUUUGGAGUUGUGCGAGACCGGCCUUAUUCGAUUCUGGACAAAUAAUCUCCCUACCAUACCCAAGGCUGACGAAUGUUUCGCCGAAAAUAAACGCCGAGUCUCUCGUCCUGUUCCCAUCCAGUUGACCGAUUUGAUCAGUGCCUUUCUCAUUCUAGGCAUCGGGUUGGGAUUGGCGACGCUAAUUUUCUUGUUAGAAAAAAUCCAUUCGAAAUGGCAACGCUUUAAACGUCGUUAAUUUAUUCGCGGGAAUGAUCGCAAAAAAGUCACAGAUCAUUAGUUGACUUUUUUAAAAAUGUUGUAGUGAUUGUUUCGUUAGAGAAGUAGCAAGCAAAGUCGUUUGUAUAACAAAUAGUUGGUUAGCUUCCCCCCCCCCCCAGAAGCUAGUGCUUACUAGAAAAAUAGCGAGAAAAUUGGGCACUACGUGGAUUGCUUUCCGAACAAACGCUGUUUUCUCAGCAAGAAACAAUUAAUGUUCUCUAAUCGCAAAAGAUUCGUUGGAAGGCAAUUCGAUAAUAUUAAAAGUUUAAAAAGCAGCAAUUUGCUAUAGCCCACAUGAAUCGCUGUAUCGAUGUAUGUGAAUGCUCAGAUCGAUGUAUGUGGUUGGAAAAGUUAAAGCGAGAAAAAUCGAAGCUAUACGAAAACGGCCAAAAUGUCCUGAAAAAGGUGUUUUUAAGGUGAAGAAAUAAGGGCAGAAGCUCUGAACGAACGCAGUGUUGCAUUUUCAAUUCAAAGCUCGUCUCGUUGAGGUUCCUGUGUUAUGCAAAAUGUUGCUACAAAGCAUUUCAGAUUUUUACUGCUCUUAACAAUUUUUUCAAAUUAAUUUGUUUCCCUUCAAGCAAAUCAAUAAAUCAAUUUCAAAUCCAAA